ACAGCUGUAACAAGUGGUUUUAGCAAGAAAGUUUGUUUACUUACUAUUUUCUAUUAAUAUUGAAAUGGAACAUCGCAAGGACAAUCCUGGUGCCGUGCAAUAUGGAAACUUUAUGAAUUAUUAUCAAUUCAAUUCAGCCACUGAGCGUGUUAAGUUGUUGCCCGACAAAAAUAUUUGGGCGCCACCGAAGCAGCAACAAGAAAUGGCAGCAAAUAAAAAUAAGCCCUAUUUGGUGCUAGAUGUCGGCUGCAACUGUGGCGUCUUCACGCAGCUGUUACAUAGCUUUCUGGAAGAACAGCUACAACGGCCAGUCCAUGUCCUAGGCGUCGACAUAGACGAACGGCUCAUCCAGCGCGCUAAGCAGGAAAACACGUGCGAUGAGAAAAUAAACUACUUUUGCGGCGAUGUGAUGAAUGCGGGAAACUUUGAUGAAAUCAUUGCAAACUACCUGCAGCAACAGCAACGCACAAAAUUCGAUGCUAUUUGUUGCUACUCAAUAACCAUGUGGAUCCAUCUAAAUCAUCACGACAGUGGCUUACAGUUCUUUUUGAGUAAACUGUCGAACCUAGCAGAGCUAUUUGUAGUGGAGCCACAGCCGUGGAAAUGUUAUCAGACUGCCGAACGGCGCUUGAAAAAGGCGGGCGAACUGUUUCCCUUGUUUUUGGAGCUCGAAUGGCGCUCCAACGUAGAGCAGCAGAUUCAGAAUUAUAUGGAGCACGAGCUGGGAAGGCAAAGAGUUUUCGAAUCCACGCCCACCAAAUGGCAACGGAAAAUUUGCUUCUAUCGAUGAAGCUCAAUGGAUGAUCUCUUGGAUUACAUGGACGGCGCGACUAUUAGCAGCCACAAUAACAUUGCAGUAAUGUAAAUGUAAUUCUCAGCGCUUUGGACUGUUAAUUAUUGGAAACUCGCCACAGCUGGAAAAGAGUGGAACUCUUAACAGUGAUAACAAUCUUUCAAGUGAUUUGGUUUAUAACUUU